GCUCGUGUCACAUCCGGUUCAGCACCACGGCUAGCUGCCCUCCUCUCCCCCAGAUCCGCGCGCUGCUCUCCUCCACACCUCCUGCUCAUCCUCCUGCUCAUCCUCCAGCCUCCACAACUUUCCCCCAGUGAUGAAGUGAUCUGAUCUCUCCGGGCUUUAUUCCUGCUGGGUGGUCCUGCCUGCGUUCAGCCUCGCGCUCGGAGGAACAGGGGGGCUUUCAGAGAGAGAGAGAGAGAGAGAGAGAGCAGCGGAGCGGCGACAGACAGCGCGAGCUGCAUGCAGUAAAUAUGCUAAAAGACGCCGAGCUGAGCUCAUCCUCGCCUUCCUUCUGAUCCUGAGGGCGCGAGAGAGGCUCGAGACGGGGGUCUGAGAGACGAUCGAGACUCAGGGGGGCGACCAGAGCGCGAGAGAGGGGCGAGGACCGAGCUGCAUGUGAGAGAGCGAGCCCCGGGAUCAGCUGGUGGAGGAAGAUGCAGCCUGCAAGCAAGCUCCUGACUCUCAGCCUCCUCGUUCUGAUGGGCACUGAACUCACCCAAGUGCUGCCUGCGAACCCGGAGGAGUCCUGGCAGGUGUACAGCUCGGCGCAGGACAGCGAGGGCCGCUGCGUGUGCACCGUGGUGGCUCCUCAGCAGACCAUGUGUUCACGGGACGCCAGGACCAAACAGCUACGGCAGCUUCUGGAAAAAGUGCAGAACAUGACCCAGUCCAUCCAGACGUUGGACCAGAGAACACAGAAAGACCUGCAGUACGUCCAGAGGAUGGAGGUUCAGCUACGAGGCCUGGAGUCCAAAUUCAAACAGGUGGAGGAGAGCCACAAGCAGAACAUUGCCAAGCAAUACAAGGCCAUAAAAGCGAAAAUGGAGGAACUUAGGCCAAUGAUACCAGUGUUGGAGGAAUACAAGGCCGAUGCAAAAUUGGUAUUGCAGUUUAAAGAGGAGGUGAAGAAUUUGACGUCAGUGCUAAGCGAGCUGCAGGAGGAGAUGGGAGCCUUUGACUACGAGGAGCUCCACAACAGGGUGUCAAAUCUUGAGGAGAGGCUCCGUGCAUGCAUGCAAAAAUUAGCCUGUGGGAAACUGACAGGUAUAAGUGAGCCCGUCACUACAAAGACAUCCGGAUCGAGAUACGGAUCAUGGAUGACUGAUCCCCUCGCUCCUGACGGCGAUUCGAGGGUCUACUACAUGGACGGCUACCACAACAACCGCUUCGUCCGCGAGUACCAGUCCAUGACGGACUUCAUGAACUCGGACAACUUCACCUCCCAUCGCCUGCCUCACCCGUGGUCCGGCACCGGCCAGGUGGUCUACAACGGCUCCAUUUACUUCAACAAGUUCCAGAGUCACACCAUCAUCAAGUUUGACUUCAAGACCUCCACCAUCAGCAAGACCAGCCAGCUGGAUUAUGCUGGCUUCAACAACCGCUACCACUACUCGUGGGGCGGCCAUUCUGACAUUGACCUGAUGGUGGACGAGGGUGGUCUCUGGGCGGUCUACGCCACCAAUCAGAACGCAGGGAACAUUGUCAUCAGCAAGCUGAACCCAGCCACGCUGCAGGUCAUCAAGAGCUGGACCACCAACCACCCAAAACGGAGCGCCGGCGAGGCCUUCAUGAUCUGCGGGACUCUGUACGUUACUAACGGAUACUCCGGAGGAACCAAGGUCUACUACGCCUUCCACACCAACUCCUCCACCUACGAGUACAUCGACAUCCCCUUCCAGAACAAGUACUCCCACAUCUCUAUGCUGGACUACAACCCCAAGGACAGAGCGCUGUAUGCUUGGAACAAUGGGCACCAGGUGCUGUACAACGUCACGCUGUACCACCUCAUCCGCUCUGAGUAGCCGUAGAUCUCCACGCAGCGACCUUCUCCAUCCACGAGAUGAGGUGUAAAGGAGUAGAUCCGAUAGAGUACUGAAGAGUAGAGUAAUACCAGUGAUUGUUCAAUAAAAGAAGACGUCAAAAAUAUAUUCAAAGUAAUAGUAAGGCAACAUUAUUAACAGCUGCCAAACAGUUAUGCCUUUCGUUUUUUGGUUUUCGCCUUUUUUUUUUAUAUUUGGACACUGAGUUCAUUCUUUCUUUAGAUGAUUGAUUGUGUUCCUCAAUUUUGUAUCACAGAGUACUUGUACAGCUUUGUCUAUGAAUAUGAAUAUGAAUAUGACUGAAAAAAAAUUCUGCUGGCCAAAAAAAAAAGAAAGAAAGAGAGAAUUAUGUUUUAUUAGAAAUGAAGACAUUACUGUUUCAUUUACACAAUCAUAUCAUUUGUAUCAAGAGCAAUCAAUUAAAAAAAAAACAACACCAACUAAAGAAAUGAAGGCACUGACUGUUGAAGGCACUCUGUUUAAGUGAAACAAACAAACAAAAAAGAAAAACAAAAAGAAUAAUAAUGUCAUUGUGAUUGUAUGUAGCGUUUUUGGAUUUUCUCGAUUUUUUUGCAUGGACAUUUUUUAGCACUAAGAGAUCCACAUGGAUGUAUGUACGUAUUUCGCAGUAAUAUGACACAUGACGUAUGUGAAACGAGAGAUUACGUUAGAUUAGCAACGGGUUACAUUUUUUGCUACAUUUUUAAACUCUUAAUUUUUUUUGCAAUGUUUCAUUUGUGUCUAUUUUGAAAUUUUAAUUUAUUUAUCAGCUUCACAUUUUAAUCAUGCAUAUAUUUUUACAUUUGUUUUGUGUUUUUAAAUACAAUUUGAAGUUGGUAGCUUGGAUUGUAACACACAAAAAAAAAGAAUAAAUCAUAAAAGAAUCUAUCAAAACCCAUAUCUCUAUGUCAGCAAAAAAUUAUAUAUAUAUAAUAAUAUAUAUAUAUAUAUAUAUAUAUAUAUAUUACAAUAGAAUGUAUUAAACAAAAAUGUAUUUAUGAGAUAGCAAUGUAUACUUUGGUUGUAUUUCAAAAAUUGACUUCACAAGUCAGUUGUCUUCGUAGUUUAGAAGAGAUUGAUGGUGGCAUCCAAAACUGUUGCGCUUGCAUAUAUGUUGUACCUGCAAUGUGAUUCAUAUCAAUAAAACCAAGUCUUUAUUUUAA